GGGGCAGCACUAAAAGUAAACAAACAGUUUUAAAAAUCAAGUCAUUCGCUCACAGCGUCAUAAAAACUUGCAGAACAUAAAAACUCGUCUUAAGCUUUAAAAACCCUUUAAAAUGGAAAAUCUACAAAGUGAACAGCAAAAUUCGUUAAUAAAGCAGGUUUUAUUACGCGAAACAAAUCGAGAACAAUUCCUGCAACGCAAUGAAGAAAUGUUAAAAGAUGCAUCUCAAAAUCCCUUGACUCAAAGUACGGAAAUGAACGAGUCAUUUGUGCAAAUUAGACCAAAAACAAGGAAAAUAGCCAGCGCACAUUCCCUGGUAGUUAAACAGGCUCUAAAAAUGUCAUAUAAUAAGGCGGUAGAAAAUGUACGACUUCAAGAAAUUGAAGGUGAAAAUAAGGUAAACUUAAAACAAAUCCAGAAAAUUAGUACUGGAUUAAACAAAACUAAAUAUGAAAAUAUGGAUUUGGAAAAACAACUUCAAAAUGAUAGGGAGGAUAUCAAAACUUUUCCGUCCAGAACUGUACAUACCAAUGAAAUGAUUUCCCACCUAAAAGAUUAUAUCAAUUCAUGUGAGGAAAAUAUUAGAACUGUGCAUUUUAAGGUGCAAUAUGAAAAAUACUUCAGCGUAUAUGAACAAUUAAAAAUUUCAUUUGAUAAAAAUGAAGAAAACAAAAAAACAUUUGAAGAACAAAUAAGCAAAUUAAAAAAUAAAUUGAUAGAACAAGAAUGUCAUAAAUCCAUGGAAAUUGCACACUUAAAGGAUAAAGUUUUAAACUUAAAAAGUACUAAUACUGAAAAACAAGUGAAAAUAAAUGAACUUCAAAAGUUGCUUGAAGAUGAAUUGGAUAACUUUAAAAAACUUGAUGAAAAUAAAGCUGAUUUAAUUGAAAAACGUUACGAAUUAUUAAAUUCCAAUAGACGCGAAAAUUAUAAUAAACUGUUAGGUCAAUAUUUUCAAAUGAAAUGUGAAAAGUUUGCCUUAAAAGAAAAAAUGGACAACGAAAUUAAUUCAGUCAAAAAUAGAAUUAAAGGUUUGGAAAUAAAAUUUGAUUCAUUGACUGAAUAUAUCCGUAUGUUCAAUAAAAAUAUUGAAAUUCGUGAAAAUAAAUUAUCUGAAGUUGUUAAAGAAUCGGAUAAUUUGGAAGGUGGAGUGAAAACCGCAAAACAAAUUUUGGAAAAUAAAACAAUUGCGUUUGAGGAUAAUAAAUUGGAUUUGGAUGAAGAAUUGCAAGAAAUUGGAAUGAAGUUGAAAGAAAAGAAAAACGAUUUGAUCAAAAUUAAAAAUCAAAGAAAAGAACAUGAAAAAGAUUUGGAAGUUUUGAAUAAGGAAUAUUUGGAGGAUAUUCAAGAAUUGAACGAUUUGAAAUCAGUUUUGAUUGAACUUAAAGAAUCAGAAAUAGAACCGGAGAAAAAUUUGACUCUUUUAGAUAUGAAGUCAAAAACUUUGACUAAAAAAUUAGUGGAAAUAGACGCCAAAUGUAAGGAAGAGGAAGAAUUUAUCCAUUACAAAUCCGAACAAAUUUCUUUGGUAAAUGAACAAUUCACGAAAGAAAUUGUAAAAUUGACGAAAAAAUUAAGUGACCAUGAUGUUACUUACAAAGCCAACAUGGAUGAAUUAAGAAAAGACCACGAAUACUUAUUGGCUUCUUUGACUUAUCUGGAAGAAAAGAAAAAGUCUUUGAAAGAAAAGUUGAAGCAAAUUUCGGAGGAAAAGUCUCAAAUGAGCAACGAGCUAUUUAAGAGUGAGGGAGCCAUAGAAACAAAAAGGAAACGUUUACAAGGUUAUAACACUUACUUGAACAAAAUGAGCGGGGUUUUUGCGAAACCAGACGCAAGUUUGGGCGUUACGGGGAUUUUGAAAAGUCCUCUAAAGUUGUCGGGACCUUCCCCCAAAAAGGUCAAAUUUUACGGCCUUACUUCUUCACAAGGGUCCAGUCAAGACGCUAAUGCUGUUCAGAAUAAAUCAGUCUCUGAUGAUUGGUUCUUUUAAAUGAGUUUCAAAAAACAAAAAAUAAUGAUUUAGUUAUUUGUGUUUAAAUAUAUUUAAUUAUAGUUAUGUUAUU